AUGGCCGAGGAUGGCAGGCGAGCGCGAGGGGAAGAAAAAGCCAUACAGAAUGGUGACCAUAAUGAAAGCCAUGAACUCUCCGACUGGGUACGGCCAGACGUCCCAAGUACCGCUGAAGAUAAGGAGGGUGAAGAACAUGAACGUCUACUCGACCCCAAUUUUCCCGAUGAUGAUGACGAUAUAGAACUAGAUCCUCUUGAAUUAGGAAGAGCUGCUUCAUUCGACAGCGAAGUCGCCGCCAAAUCGAACGAGGAAGAUUCUCCCUAUGAAGAAGUACGAGCCGCUGUACGCAACUUCGACGAAGAUUUACCAUGCAGCACUAUUCGAGCAUGGACUAUCGGGCUAACUCUGACCUUCGUCGGCGCGGGGCUCAACACUUUGUUCUCGCUUCGAGCCCCGUCCAUCGGGAUUGGCCCUCUCAUCGCUCAACUUCUUGCCUGGGUCAUGGGGCGAGUGUGGGAGCGGAUGGUCCCUGAAAAGCAGAUCACUCUUUUUGGAGUUUCGUGCGAUCUGAAUCCGGGACCGUUCAACAUCAAGGAACACUCGAUUAUUGUGGUCAUGGCCAGUGUGUCUUUCUCAGUCGCAUAUGCCACAGAUGUCAUAUUGGCGCAAUUGGUUUUCUAUAAACAGAAUUUCGGCAUCGUCUUUCAAUUGCUUAUCGUCAUUUCGACCCAAUCCCUCGGGUAUGGGAUUGCAGGCAUCAUGAGGAAGUUUCUUGUAUAUCCUGCCUCUAUGAUAUGGCCCAAUACAUUGGCUGCCAUCGCGCUAAUGAAUGCAAUGUACGAAACCCAUCAGGUCAAGGAUCCAACAAUCAUCGGAGGAAACAUGUCUCGAUACAGGUGGUUUGGUCUUAUCACCAUAGCAUCUUGCGUCUAUUACUUCAUCCCCGGGUUCUUUGCUCAAUUCUUAAGCGUCACCGCCGUCGCAACAUGGGUAGCACCGCAGAACCCCAUCAUCAACCAGCUAUUCGGCGGCACGACUGGGCUAUCACUUAUUCCCAUCACCUUUGACUGGACCCAGGUAGCAGGUUACAUAGGAUCCCCGUUGAUUGUUCCAUGGCACGGAAUAGCAAACACUCUGAUCGGCGUUGUUCUGUUCUUCGUCAUGUUCACUUCAUUCCUUCACUAUACCGGUGCUUGGUACUCUCAAUUCCUACCCAUGAGCGACGCUUCAACAUAUGAUAACACAGGCGCUAUAUACAAUGUUACGCGCGUCUUGACGCCGGAACUCACUUUGGAUGAAGGCGCUUACAAAGCCUACUCCCCAUUAUUUAUCAGGCUCGUUACUACAUUUGCUUUAUCUUAUGGGCUUUCCUUCGCCGCCAUAACUGCGCUCGUUACACAUACCUUCCUACACUAUAGCGGUACUAUAUGGGCCCAGUAUCAGAAUAGCACGCACGAAAAACCGGAUAUUCAUAUGAAGCUGAUGCGCAAAUACAAGGAGGCGCCCCAGUGGUGGUACACUGCUCUCUUUCUCAUAGUCCUAGCGCUGAGUCUCAUUGCCGUGCUCUUCUAUCCCACUAAUCUGAAGUGGUGGGCUUUCCUACUUGCGGUGACGAUCGCAUUCGUAUUCGCCCUUCCCAUCGGGAUCAUAGAAGCUAUUACAAGCCAAGAGAUCGGCCUGAAUGUUUUGACAGAGUUUGUCUACGGCUAUAUCCAGCCUGGAAGACCACUAGCGUUAAUGCUUUUUAAAACAUACGGCUUCAUAACAAUGUCCCAAGCCCUCAGCUUCGUCGCAGACCUCAAAUUCGGACACUACAUGAAGAUCCCGCCGCGCACAAUGUUCAUGGCGCAAGUCGUCGCAACAACGAUAUCCUGCUUCAUCCAAGUCGCGGUCCUGAACUACGCGCUGGACACCAUCGACGGCGUCUGCGAGACCACGCAGCCCCAGCGCUUCACAUGUCCCGGCGGGCGCGUGUUCUUCUCGGCCUCGGUGAUAUGGGGCCUCAUCGGGCCCGCGCGCGUCUUCUCCCCGGGCCAGAUAUACUCGGGUCUGCUCGCCUUCUUCGCCAUCGGCGCCGCGACGCCCGUGGCCAUCUACUUCUACGCGAAGCGCUAUCCGCGAUCGCCCGCGAAAUACCUGAUGGCGCCCCUGAUCUUCGGCGGCGCGGGCUCGAUGCCGCCCGCCACGCCGCUGAAUUACCUGUCGUGGGGCAUCGUCGGCUACGUCUUUCAAUUCGCGAUCAAGAAGCGCCAUUUCAGGUGGUGGAGCAGGCUUAACUACCUCACCUCCGCGGGCCUCGAUCUCGGCCUCGCGAUCGGCACCAUCGUCAUCUUCCUUGCUUUCACGCUGAACGAUGUAGACCCGCCGCAGUGGUGGGGGAACACGGUCGUCACGAGUACGUUGGAUUAUCAGGGGAAGGCUAUACAGGUCGUGUUACCGCCUGGCGAGACGUUUGGGCCUAAGGUUUGGUAGGCGUUGACUUUUGCUUUAGAGGAUAGAAUGUAUUAUAGGGAAUUGUAUAGAGGUUCUUGGAAUAAGAAAGGUGGAAAUACCUAUGAUGAUGCCGCUUACUUGUGUAGCACCUUAUUUAUGUGUCUCUCUAGCGCCCUGAGAUAUAUCUUGGUAUGAGUGUAUUUGUAGAGACUCUUCUAAAGGUCUCUAUUUCAAAUUCUGAUUGAUAAGAACGACAUGGAGACAAUGACUAAAGAUAUAGAAGUACGGCCCGAAUCAUUCAACUGUCUAUUUC